AUAAAAUAAUUCAAAUAAAAUAUAACUCAAAGAACAACAGUUGUUGAAUAGGAAUUUGGAAAUUAAGAAAGAGAGAGACUAAAAGGCACGAAAAAAUUAAUACACAGUGACAAGCAAUCUUUGCGAAAUAGAAUUUUGCAAGAAUUUUUACCCAAUUCGUUAUGUAUGGGAACAGUAAGAUAUGUGAGCAAAAAAAAAAAAACAUCGUCCCACAUAGAAAGUGCCUUGAACAGCUGUUGUUCUUCGCUUUGAGUAGAGAAUUUUUGUGUGCGUUACUCUGCUUGUUCGUAAUAAAAAUAAUCAAUUUAAGAUUUUAUGUGUGUGUGUUUAGCAAAUAACAAACAAAAGUAUAAAACUUUACACCAAAGAAGGCAAAACGAUGUGUAUAAACAACAACAACAUAAUGAAUAAAAGCAAAAUUUUGUGGGAAUCUAUGUGAAUUGGGAAAAUUGAACAGAUUGCUCUAAAAAUAAUUUUUUAAAUAAUUUUUAAAGGUUAAAACCUUAGAAAACUUUACAAUUAUGUUUUAACGUAAAUAAAUAAAUUCGAAGAAGACUAUUGAAAACUAAAAUGCCUUUUGUCGCACCAAAGUCAACUGCAAGCGCAGCAGCUAGUCGUACCACGUCGAGACCUCCCUGGGUGAAAGAAGAUGGCUCUACCGGUCUUAAGCCCACGGCGAAAACAACGGUUCCGUGGGCUCGUAAAACCAACGAAGAAAAAGAAAACACCGUUACGUCUAGUAAACCCACAACAAGCGCACCCAACAAAGUAACAGAGAGUUCCGUCUCGAAGAAAACGUCUGAACCUAACAACACCUUAAAAAGAGAACCACAAAUAAAUACAAAUUUCAGAGAACCACAUAAGCCAGAGAUAACUCCCGCAAUUAAAAAGGAACCAGAAAGUAAAAAACUCCUAACUAGCACUAAUAAUACCACAGCAACGAAAAUCGCAACUAAUAAAGCGACAUCUACACCCAAAAAGGAACCCAGCCCAUCGUCCUCUGAAGAAGAAGAGGAAACUGAAGAGGAAACCGAAGAGGAAGAAGAUUCUGAAGAUGUGGAAGAAAGUGACGAGUCCGACGAAUCAGAAGAUGAACCACCACCACCACCAGUAAAAUCGAUACCCCAGGCCAAGCUCUCAGCCGCUAAACCCGCAUCUUCUAAAACCACAACAACAACAGCAGCAACAUCAAACGCAUCAACAAAAUCUCCUAAAGGGGAAGAAGAAGAAAGUGAGUUAAAACGACGUUUUUCUUUAGAGAAACCCAAGCUUAGACCGGUCGUUGUAAAACGUGACAAAUCUCUGAAGAAAAUCGAAGAUGAUUCGGAAACUGUCGAAGGAGAAACUGAAGAAGAGCGCGAACGUAGAUUACGUUUCAAAUUAGAGAAACCUAAGCUACGACAUGUUAAACGCGAAGAGAAACCUUUACCCAGUAAGAGUAGUGAAAAUGUAUUAAAGUUUCGUCCUACCUUAAAAAAGAUACCCAAGAUUGAUGAGAUUCUUAAAGAGUCAAAGGAAGAGCCCAAACCAGAAUUCAAAACGAAAACUUUACGUAAAGCUCCCUCAAUGAAACGUGAGCCCAGUAUCAAAAAUGUUCCCGCUCCUCCGCCUCUGCCAUCGCUGAUACCGAAAGCGCCGCCACCACCACCCCCACCUGGUGCUCCUGGUGACAAAAAGAACUUAACACCUUCGCAAAAGGCCACUAUAGAACGUCUCAGAACACGACCACGUAAACGACCAGAUUGGUCAGAGAUGAUGAAAGAAGUCGAGACUGGCAAACGACUGCGUCACGUGGAAUGCAAUGAUAGGUCUCAACCCAUUCUUACGUGCAAAUCGAUGACGAAAGUGGAUAACAAGUUUAUUUACGAGACGGAAAAGGAAAAUUCGCACAAUAAAUUGUUAAAGCAGAUACAAGGCGGUAUCAAGUUGAAACCAACGCAAACUAACGAUCGCAGUAAACCGUUUUUAGAGGGUUUACGCAAGUUCCGUCGACAAAUGACUAUUGAGGAACAGCUGCAAAAAUCGCAAUCGAAAAUUAAUAUAUUAAGCGCCAGCAAUAAUACUGAUGUUACAGACGGUGCCGCUUUAUCAGCUGGCAGUUCGGCUAGUUGCAUAGUUAAUGCUUUAUCUGUUGAUGAUCCCAGUAGCGACGAGCUCGAUGAUAUUGAUAAGAUACGUGAUGAUUUGCAAAGUACAAAGCAAAUGUUGGCUCUGGAACUGCGUAAUCGUGAAGCUCAAGAACGAGAAAACAAGAAGCUUUUAGCCAAAAUAGCCACCUUGGAGGCUGAGUUGGAACGUGAGAAGUCACGUGAGAAAACUUUAGAAUAUGGUUCGAGAAUUAUUGUAGCCACCAUGGAAACUACUCCCGCCUCCGAACAAGCAUAUCUUGAUUCUCUAAAACAAGAAGCCGAAGAGGCUCGAACGACCGCUAAAGAUUUGGAAAAGAAAUAUCAUGAAACGGGCGAGAUGCUAGAUCAAGCUAAGAGCGAAAUCGAUGAGCAAAAGAGGCAAAUUCAACUAUUAGAACGUAAAUUGGCUCAAGUUCUGCAGCCUAAUGCAAGUCCUGAUGGUUUUACUAACACAAAGCAAUUUCAUUUUCGUUAUCCUUACGAAGAUGCAGAUGAAUAUAUUACAUUCUAUUAUCAAAAUCAGAAUGGUCAGGGAGGCGGCUUGGAUAGCAGAAGGGCUAGUGAUGCCCAUAACGGACGUGACAGCGCUUCAGAUUUAGAUCUGGCCGAGUUUAGUGCAAGCGAUCCUGACGAGCCCGAAGAAAAGAAGAAUGAAAGGCGUCAACGUCGUCUAAUCAAAGAAGUUAAAGUUUUACGAAGUAAACUAACUAAGCUUAAAGUGAAACAAGAGGCAGCCAAGAAAGAGAAGGAAGCCCUUAAACAAGCCAUGAAAAAGAACCACGUUAUAUUAAAAGAAGAAAACAAAAAAUUCAAAAAGCUCGAAAAGGAGGUACAUAAAAUGGCUGCUUCUAUGAAAGGAGAGGAAGAUGAGGAUGACGAAGAGAAAGAAGCGGAAGGGACCGAAGAAGCUGAAGAAGAGGAAUCCGAAGAUGAGUCUGAAGAGUCCGAGGAAUCCGAAUCCGAAGAAAGUGAAGCAGAAACGGAGAGCGAAUCUGAACCUGAGGAUGCUUCAAACGAAAGUAAAAAAGAAAAUUUGGAACCUCGGGUGAAAAAACACGAAAGCCGUUUUUCUGCCAUGAAAAAAUGCAAUGUAUUGUUGCAGGCAAAUGUUGACAAUUUACAGGAUAAAAUUACGCAAGUACGGUCGAAAGCCGCUAAUCUACAAUCUGAAUUGGAUGCCGUACUUGCCGAUCUAGGCUUCUAAAAUAAUUUUUUUAUCACAAAAUUUUUCAAAGUAACAUAUUUUAAAUUGCAGUUAAAUUGUAUUUACCUUCUCUUUUAGUUUCUGUUGAUUAUCUGCGGUGACGAGAUGGUUGACAGCAACCACUGACCGAUACCAAAACUACUAUUAAACUACCACUUAAAAAACAAACAUUAAAUUUACACGUAUUUUGACA